CAAACCACCACGUCAUUACGCAGUGGGGCUGCAUGACCAAGGCCAGUGUUGAGGCGCUACCGCUAGCGCGCACAAUACCAUGGAUGAAAUCGAGCCGUGGGACACGACCUCGAAUUACUCCUACUUGGACCCACCGCUGCCGGACGUGUCCGACAGAGUGUGCGACUUCCUCGACUGCCUGCCGUGCAAGACGGUGGACAACGACGCCUUCAACACUGGAAUCUCCGUCCUCUACGGCGCGGCGUUUGUCCUCGGCCUCGUGCCAAACCUCGCCGUCCUGUGGCUGCUGGCCACCGACCACCCGCCGGGCGCCCGCGUGUCGACAGCGCUGCUGCCCCUGAGCCACACCGCCGCGUGCCUAUGCGGCAUCUCCACGCUGCCGGCGCUCGUCGUGGUCACGCGACACGGCGUCGGCCACUGGCCGUCGGGCGCCGAGGCCCUGUGCAAGCUGCUGUUCUUCACGUUCGAGCUCUACCAGUACGGCACUGCCCUCUCCGUGGCCUCCAUGGGAGUGGAACAGUUCUCCACUUUCGGGAGCGGGACGGUCGCGAGGGCGUCGAUGUGCGCCGCGUCGUGGCUCCUCGCCCUCGGCGCUUCGCUGCCCAGCCUCGUCGUCGUGACGGCGGCGGGCGGCCAGAGGUGCGAGCCGGACCUCGACUUCGAGAGCGCGCGCACGUGGGAGGCGGCCGUCGGCGUCCUCGGCGUCUCCUUGGGGUGCGCGACGGCCGUCGUGGUUUUCGCGUCGUUUUACAUCGCCGCCCGCAGGAACCCGGCGUUCGACUGCAGCGGGCGGCGAGAGCUUGCGCGCGUUUACUUCUGCUUGUUCUUGGUCUGCUGGCUGCCGUACCACACCCUGCUCUUGGCGGAGGCGCUGAAGUCGGCGGAUUUCUUGACGUUUAACUGCGUCGCGGCCGAGGGGGUCUUCUACGGGAAACAAGCCGCGCAGUGCCUGGCGUUCCUUUACAGCGGCGCGACUGCGUGGGCAUUCGUCGUUUUGAAAUACGCGAGGCCCGCGCGACAAGCAGAUGGCACGGCGCAAACCGCCCUUGCCCUAUCUUAGGCGUGGAUGUACGGACGUUGAACUUCAAUCACAAUGUGCACGUAGCCAGCCCGUGCUGAUCAGAUGAGGUGCAGAGUCAACGAUAUGAUCGGCGCGACUUCCUCCCGCGUUUGUAACCUCCGCUUGCGGUGCAGUGGUUAAAAGCCGCUGAGCGACAAUUUCCGGCGACCCGAGUUUGAUUCCCGACCACGGCUAACAUCGGCGGCGGGCGAUAUCCGAAGCGGUCCUGGACCACCCUCCGCCUGGGUCGCUUCGCCAACCCGCACUGAACCGGCGUGGUGAAGUAUGGUCGUACGACACGGGGCGGAGAGGAAUCCAUCAAGUUGUGGACUGGCAAACGGCCGGUACAGUUCUUAUGUCACGACCGUGGUUAGGCUGCAAAGCAAAAAAAGACGCGGCGAAUGGUUACACGAAGACUUAAAAAUAAUACACCGAAAAGGCUGACUUCAUAUUCAGAGGCUCCCCAAGGCCUUUUCUAAUUCAGCCGCAUGCAGCCUGGGAGUGGCGGGGUGCAACUCUUUACAUCUUCAUGUACGUUACAAAAGCAUUUAAAUAGAUACAUUGUCACGACUGCAAGUGUCCCAUGUGUGCCGAUGGCAAGACAAACGAGCGAAUGCGUUCGGAAGGAGAGCAUUACGGUAUUAAUGAACGAGGCUUGGUAAAACGCGACCGUAAAUCAACAGUGCUCCUUGGGUUGGGAAAUCAACAGAGUUUUAUUGGGAUGAAGCAAGCAGCCUUCUUCCGCGAAUUAAAGAUCUGCGGGAAGAUAAUGCCUCGGGCUGACGUGGCGUGAAGCCACGUGAGGGGUCAUGGCGAUAAUCUCCGGCCCGCCAGCAAGAACUGCGGCUCUAAGCAUCUCGUUGCUUUCACUGAUCCUGGGUUCAUUUUCUACGGCUCAUUCAUAUUUAUUGAUUUUUAAAUUCAGCGUGUGUGUGCAACAAAAUAUAUAUAUGCUCAACCAUUAAUACUGGUAGGAACCUCCUGGCUACACCAACCCACAGGGGAUUAUU